GCCGCACACAAACACACAUUCACCGGACAUAGAUGAAGAGUGAAAGAAAACAGAAGGAAGAGUGUUUGUAACUCAUCCGACCAUCGCGUUCAGAUCAGUUCUGAAGAACUGAAAGCUGCUGUCUCUGCUAGUUUUUGAAAUUGUCCUGUUUUUGAGUUGUUUUAACAUGGGUCUGGCCAUUUCAGGCGUCUUCUCACGUAUGUUUGGGAAAAAGCAGAUGCGAAUUCUCAUGGUUGGUCUGGAUGCAGCUGGGAAAACCACAAUCUUGUACAAACUCAAACUGGGAGAAAUAGUCACAACAAUUCCAACUAUAGGUUUUAACGUCGAGACGGUUGAGUACAAGAACAUUUGCUUCACCGUGUGGGAUGUGGGUGGUCAGGAUAAGAUCAGGCCGCUCUGGAGACACUACUUCCAGAAUACGCAGGGUCUGGUUUUUGUUGUGGACAGUAACGAUCGUGAGCGAGUGCAGGAAGCUGCUGAAGAGCUUCAGAAGAUGCUUCAGGAAGAUGAACUGAGAGACGCUGUUUUGCUGGUGUUUGCAAACAAACAGGACCUGCCUAAUGCGAUGCCCAUCAGUGAGAUGACAGAAAAACUGGAACUGCAAACACUCAGGAGCCGAACUUGGUAUGUCCAGGCGACGUGUGCGACUCAAGGGACGGGUUUAUACGAGGGAUUAGACUGGCUUUCCGAGCGGCUCUCCAAACACUAAACUGCAUAACAUGGAUUCAUAUAUUUCCAAAGGACAUGAUUUGAUGCAAUGAUGAUGAUGUCACAGAAGCUGUUUGUGUAUCAAUUUCAAUUGAUUGUUACCAAAAAUUAACCUGAUGAUGUUCAUCUUUGGCAGUGCAGCUUCACAUUUUGCUCCUUUGUAAUUCUUUGGACCUUAGCAUCACUGGGAUUCUUUUCUCCCAAGAUUCAUUCCACUUUAUUUGUGUAAGGCAUACACCGAUCAGCCACAACAUUAAAACCAACUGCCUAAUAUUGUGUAGGUCCCCCUCGUGCCGCCAAAACAGAACCAAAACACAUCUUAGAACAGCAUUCUGAGAUGAUAUUCUUCUCACUACAAUUGUACAGAGCAGUUAUCUGAGUUACUGUAGACUUUAUCAGUUUAAACCAGUCUGGCCAUUCUCUGUUGACCUCUCUCAUCAACAAGGUGUUUCCAUCCACAGAAUUGCCGCUCACUGGAAGUUUUUUGUUUUUGACACCAUUCAGAGUAAAUUCUAGAGACUGUUGAGUGUGAAAAUCCCAGAAAUACUCAAACCAGCCCGUCUGGCACCAACAAUCAUGCCACGCUCCAAAUCACUGAAAUCAAAUUUUUCCCCAUUCUGAUGGUUGAUGUGAACAUUAACUGAAGCUCCUGACCCGUAUCUGCAUGAUUUUAUGCACUGCUGCCACAUGAUUGGCUGAUUAGAUAAUCACAUGGAUGCACAUGUUGGUGCCAGAUGGGCUGAUUUGAGUAUUUCUGGGAUUUUUGGAAACUUCUGUUUUUGUGUAUAUCUCAUACUAAAUUGUUCCAAAAAUUCAAACUAAAUCUAACAUAAACAAAGGCAAUCUGAGAAAACACAAAAUACAGUUUUUAAAUGAUUUAAAAAUAUAUACAAUACCAACUGGGUCUGUGUGAAAAAGUAUCUGCCCCCUUUGUCACUAAAUCCCCAAAUCUAUAUAACUGCAUUCAUAAUGGGGUUCAGCUGGACUAGACACACCCAGACCUGAUUACUGCCGGCCCUAUUCAAUCAAAUCAACACCUACAUAGAACAUUUUCAGCAGCAUGAAUUUGGCUAAACGGUCUCAUCCAGUAGCGCACUAUGCUAAGAUUGAAAGAAAUUAAAGAAAUAAGGAAAAAGGAGAUUGAAAUGCCUUUGAUUGAAUUCAGUCUGGGAAGGGUUAAAAAUCUAUUUCAAAGGCUCUGGGACUCCAAUGAACCUCAGUGAGGGCCAUUAUCUCCAAAUUGAGAAAACUUGGCACACUAGUGAACAUUCCCAGAAGUGACCAACCUUCCAAAAUUCCUCCAUAAGUACAGCGAUGAUUCAUCCAUGAAUUCACAAAAAUGCCAAGAACAACAUCCAAGGAACUGCAGGCCUCUCUCACAUCAUUAAAGGUCACUGUUCAUGACUCCGCUAUCAGAAAGAUGCUGGACAAAAAUGUUGAGGUGAAAAUCACUGCUAAACCAGAAGAACAUUAAGGCUUGUCUGAAUUUUGCCAAAACACACCUUGAUGAUCCUCAAAUCGUUAGGGAGAAUGUUCUGUGGACUGAUGAGUUGAAACUGGAACUGUUUGGAAGACAGGUGUCCUGUUACAUCUGGCAUAAAUCCAACACAGAAUUCUACAAAAAUAACAUCAUACCUACGGUCAAGUAUGUUGGUGGUCAUGUGAUGGUGUGGGGAUGCUUUGCUGCUUCAGAGCGAAUUGCAAUAAUUGAGGGAAACAUGAAUUCUUUCAGAAAAUCCUAAAGGAGAAUGUCCUGUCAUCAGUCUGUGAGAUGAAGCUCAAGCACAGCUGGAUUAUGCAGCAAGACAUUGAUCCAAAGCAUAGGAGUAAGUCCACCUCUGAAUGACUCAAAAGAAACAACAUUAAAGUUUUGGAGUGGUAAAAGUUGCAUUUGUUUUAUGUUAUAUCUUGCUGGAAAAUCUAAAACAAUGUAGUAUGAAAAAUAUACAAAAAUGGAAGAAAUCAGUAUGGGGGCAAAUACUUUUUCACAGCACUGUACAUUACAAGAAGGAAAGCCUCCAAAUCAGAUGCUCAAAUGUUUAUUAAAUAGAGUCCAGUAUAGAAUCAGUUUCAUUUUUUGUAAUUCUUGUGUGUGUUUUGUAUAAGAAGUGAAAAAGAUUGGAUGUGUGAUCAACAUUUUCUUCUCAAAUGAGAUUACUGAUCUGUUUUAUACUUCACAAGUUUAACUUAAUGUCUAAAAAUGUACAUUGAAUGUCAUUCCUUUUUUGCUCACUUGUACAGUAUCUAACUUCCAUUUUACAAACUUGACUUGUAAUGUCUUUUGGAUGUUUAUAAGAAGGCAUUGCUUUUGUUGCUUAAAGCAUA